AUGGCGCCCAGGGGGCGAACGCCGGCCCCGGUCACAUGCGGCGGGCGGAGCCGCCCGGGGCGGGCCGAGCCCCGCUGCCGUCCCGCCCCCGGUGCCCUUCCCUCUGUGCCCGUCCUGCCCCAUCGCAGCCCGGCGGCGGGAGCCCUCUCGGUGGUGCCGAUGGAGGCCGGCGCUGAGGCGGAGCCGCUGCUGCCGCCGCGGCGCUGGCGGGCGGGCCGGGGGCUGUGGCGGCAGCGCGGCCGUGCCCGCUCGGCCACCGAGGACGGUGCUGGAGCUGAUAGUGACCUUUAUAUAAACCAAGCCAUAGUAUUUAUUGAAGAUGCAAUACAAUAUCGAUCUAUAAAUCACCGUGUGGACUCCAAAUCCCUGUGGCUUUAUCGAUGGUACUAUUCCAAGACUUGCCAGUGGAUUUUGAGCUUAACCAUUACUGUAAUCUUGGCUUUGGCUUUCAUUGAAGAGCCUUCCUCACUCACUGUCACGUCGGAUGUGCGGUACCGCCUUCCCGCCUGGAAUCCUCCCUGCGGCCUCACCGAGAGCCUUGAGCUGCUCUGCUUCCUCGUGUUCGUGCUUGAUGUCUCUGUGAAGAGUUACUUAAUUGGAUGGAAAGAAUUUUGGAAAAAUAAAUGGCUAAUGGCGUAUAUACUGACAUUAAUUGUUUCCCUUGCUGAUUGGAUUGUGUCACUGAGUUUUUUCUGCAAAGAGAGUGUGAGAAUAAGAAGAAUCCUUCGCCCGUUCUUUCUCCUCCAGAAUUCUUCUAUGAUGAAGAAAACGUUAAAAAGCAUCAACAGCACAUUGCCUGAAAUGGCCAGUGUUGUUCUACUACUGGCUGUUCAUCUGUCUCUCUUCACCAUGUUUGCCAUGCUGCUCUUUGCUCGAACAAAGGAUAACCAGCAGGAUAAGGAGUGGGUGGUGUAUUUCCGGAAUUUGCCAGAGUCCCUGACUUCACUGCUGGUCCUGCUGACUACUGCAAAUAAUCCUGAUGUGAUGAUACCUGCUUAUUCUAAGAAUCGAGCAUAUUCAAUCUUCUUCAUCCUCUUCACUGUGUUAGGCAACUUGUUUUUGAUGAAUUUGCUUACAGCAAUAAUAUACAACCAGUUUCGAGGGUACCUUCUGAAAUCAGUUCAGUCCUCCCUCUUCAGGAGGCGGCUGGGAAUCCGGGCUGCAUUUGAGGUGCUGUCUUCCCUGAAAGAGACUCCUGCUAGUGCACAACAGUGCUGUGUGAGUGUUGGGGCCUUACUACAGGUGCUGCAGAAAGCUGAGAUGGAUUCUCGCUGCAAGCAAGCCAUCAUGAGAUCACUCAAAAUGUGCUCCUGUGACCAACUGUCAGCUGCCCAGUUCCAGAAGCUCUUUGAAGAAUUAGACAAAGAUGCCAUUAAGCAACACCCUCCCAGUCCAGAGUACCAAUCCCGUUUUAUGCAGAAAAUGCAGUUUGCCUUUGGCCAUCCCUACUUUGGCUACUUGGGGAAUGUGGUAGCCCUGGCAAACAUUAUUUCUAUUUGUGUGGUUUUGGUGAUGGAUGCAGAUAAGCAACUGUCUGAAAGAGAUGAUUUCUUCCUGGGGGCUAUCAACUGCUUCUUCAUCUUGUACUAUCUGCUGGAAAUGUUGCUGAAAAUCUUAGCAAUGGGCUUGAAAAGAUACUUAUCUUACCCAAGCAAUAGAUUCGAUGGACUUCUGACUGUAAUUUUACUGAUUCUGGAGAUUGCAACUUUUGCUGUGUAUGGAUUUCCUCACCCUGGCUGGAGGCCUGAGUUCAUGGGCUUGUUGUCCCUGUGGGAUAUGGUACGGCUGGUGAACAUGUUAAUUGUGUUCAGGUUCCUGCGGAUUAUCCCCAACAUGAAGUUCAUGGCUUUGGUUGUUACUACACUGCUGGAUCUGGUGAAAAACUUAAGAGCCUUUGCAGGAAUCCUUCUGGUGGUUUUCUAUGCAUUUGCUAUAACUGGUAUAAUGCUAUUUAAAGGUGCUGUUGUUCCCUUGGGAAAUACCAGUGCUGCCAACACAACACAUGACAAUGGCACUCUGCAGUGUGGGACCUAUGAACAGCUGGAAUAUUGGCCCAACAACUUUGAUGACUUUGCUGCAGCAGUGGUGACCCUCUGGGAUGUGAUGGUGGUGAACAACUGGCAAGUCUUUUUGGAUGCAUUUUCAAGAUAUGCAAGUCCGUGGGCAAAGAUCUAUUUUGUAGCCUGGUGGUUGAUCUCCUCUGUCAUCUGGGUUAAUCUCUUUGUAGCUUUACUUCUGGAGAACUUUAUUCACAAGUGGGACCGUCGCUGCCAGCGAGAGUCUCUUUCAGAUAUUGAAUACCAGCGGACAGUUGAACUCAUGUUCAGAGAUGUUUUGGAAGAACCUACAGAGGAGGAGUUGAUGGAAAAACUGCACCAGCACCCACACCUGCAGUUAUGUAGGUGACUGGUGGGAAGGACUGAUUUAUUUAGACCUCUGUUUUCUUGAGGUUGUCAGCUGGAAGAUACUGAAUGGAUUUUCUGUGAGAUGCUGUUAGGAGAGGGGCUUGUAGGACACUAUGUGAGGUUUUGCUUGGGAAUUCUCUGCAGAAAGUUUUUUUUAUUUUGGGUUCAUAUCUUUUUUUGAAAAAGAUUUGAAUCCUGCUAACUUGAUUUUAAGUUGCAAUUUUAGAAGGAGUAUUGAAGCUGUUAUUUUUACAGGGUGUUGAUAUCAGAAGGUUUUAUUUACUUUUUUUUAAUAGGGAAAGUCUCUUUAAAAUGACAAUGCACUUUAAAACAUGAACUUUAUAACCACUAAGCCUGCUACUUUUUCAGCACAAGAAAAUGGAGCUGCCUUUUCCGGCAGGCAAGUGUGGCAAGGGCUGUGCCCUGCAAUUCAUGAAUGGAUUAGGCAGGACCAGAACACAAUCCUUAAUCUUCUUGUAGUGAGAGCUGAAACACUAUUUUUAUUGUAAUGUGACACCAGCAUAUCUUACCAAAUUUUCGGGAAUUAAUCAUGUCGGAACACAAUCAAUUCCAGCUUAGUAACAGGGACUGCCUGCUUUGCACAUCCUCUGUUUUGCUUUGCUUUCCACGGGGGGUUUGUGCUGGUUCUGCCAUUCAGGUCACUGAGAAGAGUUGGAACCUGGACUGGAGCAAUUGCACUUGUGGUUUUCAAUGUGGUAAAACUGAGCUCUCUUUCAGAGUCAAUAUUCUCAUGUUGCUCUUUACUAAACCUCUUCCUUUUACUUUUAUUCAAGUCCUGUUGCACACUGUGUUGUAUUCCAUGAAAAAGCUAAGGGGAACAGUCUUUGGCUGGGUUGUUGUACCAUCAUUGCUGUAGUCACCCACUUUGAUUAUCCCAUACAACCUUUUUUUCCCUUUCCCUCUUAAAGUGCUUAACAGUUGAAAAAUUAAUUUGAGCCUGUGGGAAUUGAAGGUGCUCAACCAGUAUUGCAGGAUCACAUUCUUUUAUGGCUUAAUGACCACAUGCUGUGUACCACUAAUUUUCACCUGGGUAAAACUUUUUGAGUAAAUAAGUUUCUCAACAAAUCCAAAGUGGAGGAUUCACAGUAAGCUGUGUCCACAUGCUUUUUGUUAUCCCUUGGUGUUCCUUAAAAAGGUGUUUUUGCUUGAAUCUAUGUCACAUAACUGGUAAACUGCUGUGAAGAAUAGAAUCUACCACAACUACUGUUUUUAUAUGUAGAAAUGAAACUGCCCUUUGGGGCACUACCUUCUCAUUGAGACACUUACCACCAAAAUAGACAUUAUUGUGGUCAUCUCUGUAUCAACAAAGGCUUGGGGGAGCUAAUUAGCUACUCUUUAUAAGUCCCUUGUUUCUUUUUUUUAGUUAAAAAACAUUUUUUAAAAGUGCCAAGCAGUCAUCUUCUGUACUUUCCUUGUCUUUCUUCAUAAUGUGCUGUUUCUCUCUGUCCUGCACGAAUGAGAGCAGAAUACCCAGGAUGAUGGUGUGUUUGAGGUCAAAACCAUAUUUUUGCCUUGUCAUCUCACUGUUCAGAAAUUACUUAAUGAUUCUUGUCUUUCUUUUCCUUUUUGCUUGUAUUUUCUUUGUGCUGUGGAGAAAAAUACGUUGUAGCUUUCAUAUGUGUAGAACAAAUGUGAGUUCUGAGCUACUCCUGCAGUCUCUUUGUUUCUGUGAUCCUGCCUCUUAAGCCAUGCCCUUGUCUGUGUGCAGUCUCUUGUCUCUGUUCCAUAUUAAGCCACUCAGUAACUCACUUGCACUGGUUUCAGUGGCAUCAUCAUGUGUAUUUUCAGUCAUGCACUUAAAACACUUAUCAUGGCAAGCCAAUAAAGGCAUUAGCACACGGUUUUUCUAGUUUUGAGUUUGUUCUGUUCAGGAUGGUUUCUGUUCCUUCUAGCAUGAUGUAUAAUCACUGCCACCAAUGUAUUGGAAUUUAUUACACAGUGGUUAAACAUUCUUGUUUUACCUUUUUACUGCAAAAAAAAAAUUUUUUUUUUUGUUUUCCACUCUUCUGAAUACUUAAAGCAGCUUUGCCUUGCCAAAAAGAAAGUGUCCAGUUCUUACCAGCCUACAAGUUUGAUUUUUUUUUUUUUUUUUGCCUCUUAAGAUUCUUUGGGGUUUUGUGGUUGAUUUUUUUUUUUUUCCCCCGUUACAUUACACUACAAUCUACCAAAGCAACACAAAUUGGUGUGGGAUUACCAUAAACAUCACAACUGUCUCCAUUAUGCCAUCUUUCCAUCUGGACAAAUGUGGAGAAGGCAUUCUGAAGGGAAUAGUCUUUCUUGUUCUUGUUUCACAUUUGUGUAAUUGACUGAAAUUGUAACUAGAAUUUAGUACAAAAUUGUGCUACCUUAUGUCACUUGAACUGGAAGAUGUAAAUGACCACGAAUCUUAUGCAAUAAUUGUAUAAACCAUGAAAAUGAAUGUAUGUCAUUAGGUAAAAUUUGAGAUUUGCAUUAUUAAAAAAAGUUUUUCUUCUUAAACCAUGAAAAUAAUUGGGGUGUGGAAA